CUGGUCUGAACCUGACUGCAGACAGCCAGCUGCCAGCUAUGGGCCAUGGUGCUGGCCUUGCUGCGCGCCUGUGCCGACUUCUGCCUACUUGAUAGCAGAGUGAAGACAAAGAGGGCCAGGAACAAGAGGAGGAGACGAGGAGCUUUAAUACAUGAUGUGAGUCCAGUCUACAAGCAGGAGGAGAGACAGCAAAGGGAUGGAAAAGAUGCAGUUCUCGGUGUUUCUGUGAAGCAAGCUGCUCCUCACAAGCCAGAUUUUUAACUGAUGAUGCCUCCCAGUAGGCAGUGAGUGCUUGUUUAAAAUAAAGCUUGACAAAUGGCAUGUUGGGGGCGUCAGGUCCUAGAGCACUGUCUUCCAAAAACUAUGAAAAAGGCACCAGAGGGGAGCCGGGUACAGCCUCCUAGAUGACAGUAAUUAAAGGUUUUUGCGCUCAGGCACUGGGAGCUGCUCCUCUUGCAAAUUGGCAUUGAUUGGAGAGGAAGAGAAUGAUUAGAUUGGAGGAGAGUGAUGGGGGCGUCAGGAGAAAACACAGAGGUUUGUCUUUUCUACGACUGGUGAGCAGGAAAAACGUCCCCUCGGGCUGCCCCAGCUGGGUCCUUGUUGCGGUCCCUGCAAAUGGACCCCAGAUGGCUGGGACCUCCAAGCCAAGGAGCUGAGCCAAAACCAAACUGAGAGAGAGCCCCUGGCUGCUGAGUCUGGAGCAUUAAUGCUCAGGAACCCAGCAGUGGUUACUGAGGAGUCCCUGCGCAGAAGAAGCUGGGCGACGCCAGGCAAGGCGUGGAGCUCCAGCCACAGCAAAAGUGGAUGAAAAGCUCAGAAACUGGGACUGGAAAUCCAUCCUGACAUUUCAAAGCAAUCUUUCCUUGUUGGGCUGAGUUCCCAGAGCAAAGAGAAAUGGUGGUCGUGAGUAGAACACAUUUCCCUCAGCGUCACGGUGACCGCGUUUGGCUCCCGGAGGACAACCCUCCCUUGCCUCCAGGGGAGUGCAGAGAGCAGCAGCACCAGGUCGUAUCUUGAGUCGUGAUGCUGUCCCUCCUGCCGCCCCUUCCCAUCAACUACAUGAGACGAGCUCUCCUUUUAUGCUCAAAAAAUGGACUGGAUCAAGGUUUUCACUGCUAUUCCUGCCAUUCCAGAGUGCAUUAAGGUAUGAGUCAUCACUGCUAAUUAUCUCCAUAAGCACCUCUGUGGCACAAAUUAUACCUCCCAGCCAGCUGCAGUGGGAAGUCGCUUCUGCCUGGUGUUUCUCAGCGUGACUUUGUGGAGCAGAAGGCAGGAACCCCGCAUUGCCUGCUGGCACUGACUGCCAGCAGUGGUGGCCUCGAAGGAGAUGAUGGGAAGAGCUGGGUGCUCAUCACCCUCUUCUGACCAAGCCCAACCAAAAGGAACAGAGUAUGGAGCCCUAAUCCUGGUGCCUGGUUGGUCAUUUGAGUUCAGGAUGACUUGGGAAACAUGGAAGCCAAAGUCCUCCGGCUCCCCUAGAGUCUUAAGCAAAUUUUCCUCUCCCCUUUUGGUGCACUCUUGAUUUGCUCUGCAGCACAAAUGCUUCCACCCAGCCUGGUUACUGCCCUUCACUCCUUCAUCCUCUUUGCCUACUGUGAAUAACACGGCAAGGGUGACUGCUGCAGUUGUGCUCACACAUCUCAAGCAGGUGGAGCCAGAAAAGCUCUUGCAUACUGUAUCUGGGUGAAAACGUUAAAGAUUUGAUCAAAGUCAGCAAAAGUGUCCACCUGCCAGCUGUAACUGUGGGACCUGUGCUUCGAGGCAGUAACAUAGGUUUGGACAAGCACCCUCACGGUGACAUCCUGGUGAUGGCAAGUGACUUGAGAGCACUCCAUUGGAUGGGAAGGUGGAGGAGGUCUCCAAGGACUUUUCCUACACAAAAUUUGUGUCUUACAUCCCUUUUCUCUCCCAUAUUUUCAGCCUUGGCCUGCCUCAGCAUACUUCCCUUGCCUACCAGGACCCAAUGGUAUAUGUAGGGAUUUGCAUUUUGUGAGGAAAUACCUAUUGAAAUGUAGGAUGAUAUUAACUCCAUCUUCCUUGUGUUCCCCCAUGUUCCCAAGCUCUGUUCACCAUCCCCAACCCCUGAAACAGCUCCUCUGAAAGCAGAUAUGUCAGUCUUCGCUGCACAGGGAAUAUUUUAAGGCUCUGAAAACAAAGUUUAUUAUAGCAGAGCUGCCAAAAGUGUAACCACUGCCAUGCUAAAAUAUCCUCUGCCUCCUACAUUUGUAACGUGGGAGUCUUUUAUAUCCUCUUUACUGCUGCUGAACCAUGCAUUUGUCUUGGCAGCAGAUGUAUGCAGACUGGGGUCUAUUUCAGUGUCAUGCAAAAGAGCUCUUAGGCUAAAAGAUGUAUUACAGCUUACUGGAAGGCUUGAAAUUAACUGUACGAUGAUGCUGCAUGAAGAUAAAGAACCAGCAAUUUCAUUGAAUUGUGAUUUUAUCCAGAUGGGCUGGAAGAUUGAACAGCAUUGCCAUCUCCAAAGGUCUCCCUUUGCCAAAUUAACUGUUGAGUUGAGUGAGAGCCAUGAGGAAGAGACCUUGCUGAACCAAUUUUGGGAAAAGAUCUUCCUCCUUACCCGGUAUGUCACAGGAGAAAUACAGGUUUGGGGGAUGGUUUUGUAUUUUUUUUUUCAUGCUUCACAUCUGAGCUCUUGGCACAGCAUCCCCUGCUUCUAAUUGCACCUUAUAACUGCAGUUUAAUUCAAAACCCGCCAGGCUGGCACAAUCGGAGCCAGUUUCUAUUAAAGCGCCCGAGCAGACCGGCUGCCCCCCAGUCCCGACCCCUGCUGCAAGCUGCUGGAUGCUGAAGUGUGACCCACAGUGGCACUGAGACACAGUAGCAGGAGAGGCAGCUUAAAAAUGCUUUGGCCACUUACAUGGUUGAAAAAGUUUAAAAAAAAUAAAAUUGCAAGAUAAGGCAGAAUCCCCUUUUUAUUCCUCACUAUAAUAUAUUGGAUAGGAAUACAAUUAGGAAGAAAACAGUGUCUGGGAUGCGGUCUCGGCCACCACCAUCCCAUCCAUUGCCACCCUCCGGCUGCCCCAUCGCGUGUAGGGCAGGAGAGUACCUUGAGCAGAAAUGCUGCUUCUGGCUCUGCUCUUUACUGCAGUCAUUUUGAACACAGAAUAAAGCAGGAAAAUUGCACACAGUCAGGUGAACGCAGGGCAGGCUGGUGAGGCAGAUGUACUUGAAAGCAGAAUUACAGCUGCAAAAGGGAAUAAAUACAUUUGCUAGCAUUUCCUGCAUUUUUAAAUUGAUCUUUUUGUGGGGCUUUGUUUUGUUUUCAGGGGGAGUGUUGUUUGCUUGGAUGAAGCUAUUGAGGACUUUUUCCAUUAGCAGGAUUUUUUUUUUUUCCUUUCAUGUGUCAGCGAACCACACGCAAGCUCCAAUCUCUGCUUUGUGGAUCCUGAACUCCUGAAGUUGAUUUUGCCACUUCAGUAAUAAGGUGAAUUACAUGAUGUGGUGGCAGAAGAAAGUGGUAUGAGGAGCAGAGAAAAAUAUAGUCUCUCUGUACCAAGAGAGCCCCCAGAGCAGGGUUACCCCCCUGUCCUGAGUCCAGGCACCUGAUGACCCAGCAGAAACCCAGGAGAUCCUGGUUAAAAUAAAUUGAGUUAAUUAAUUGAGCAGCUGUGGCAUGGAUGCCCUUCAUCUUAAGUGCCUCCCUCCAAGAAGAGAAGGUGCUGUUGAGCUUGUUUAUUGGUAAUGUUAUUUCUCUAAAGCAAUGGUUGUCACCUGUAGUGCCCUCUUGGCUCAGCACAGCUACUCUGGUGGCUCUGUGGUGGUUAUUGCAGGUACCUGAGCUUCUGCUGGGAUUUACGGGGGGCUUUUGGACAUUGUGGCAGCGUUUUCUACAUGUUGAGACUGGAGAGAAGGAAAUACUCUGGGCAGUUUGUAUGUUAUUGUCAUUGGAGAGCUGGCAUUGCCUCCACUUCAGUGGGGCUGACAGUUGGGAGGGGAGGGUGGGCUCCAUGCGCUUCAGAUUCCACAAAAAUGAUGGAAACCUGAGAUGGUGCUUUUCUUUUGUUAUGUACAGCAGGUCAGGUUCUGGUCUGGAAGUCGCUGGGCUGUGGAUCAGGUACAUAGCUGAGGGAAAUGCUGCUGGUUCAUGGAAGGGUUUUUGGGGUGGGUUUUUUCAGCUAAUCCAUUCAGGCAAGUAUAAGCCUUUACUUUCUUCACCAUGACAGCAUAUGUUAAGCUAAUAGUGGCUGGGUAUUUCUCUGAGGCUGUAAAAAUAAGCUCGUUCAUCCUUUCUUUAUAUUUGUUGCGGGGAGAAUGGAAAAAAAACACAACAAAGAAGAAAGCCCUGCUGAACUCCUGCUGCCUCUCCAGACUGAGCAUACUCCCUCCCUCCCUCCCUCCCUCCCACUACCGCAUUGCUGUCGUCUCCAGCAGCAUCAUGCAAAUUGCAGGAGCAGGGCUGGGGGUUGAGUCCAUGGCCGCGUUCCUAUUGAGCCAGGGCUGCAUCAGUUGCAUCACCUGAUCCAAUGACAGCCCAAAAUUUCAGAGCUCGUGGGCAGCCGCUGUAAUCUUGGUGGCCAGAUUUAGCAAAAAGCAGACCUCACCAAAAAAUAAAUAACCUCAGAAGAACUAGAAUGAGGGCUAGCAUGUUAACGGUAUCUCUGCUUGAGAAGCUGCAGAAAUUCCCUGUGCUCUUGGAACCUGGCUCUGUGUUUGCAAUCCAAGCCUUAGACCCUCAGCAAUAAGGCCUAGGAGGUAUUGCAGGGCUGAUGCUGAGAUGCUGCUGUGUAAUAUAGGCGUGAUGCAUCUCUGCUGCCCUUUGAAGUCGACCAAGGAGGGGUUGCAAAAGCAUCUCAGUGCAGGUGGGCUGCUCAAGAAAGUGAAAUUCAUGUUGUUUUUCAGCUUUGCAGAAGUCCCCUGUGAUAUCCAGGUGUUCUCUGGACACCUCGGCCGUGAGCUCUGCCUGCAUUGCAUUCUGCAGGAGAUAGUGCUGGUGGGUUUGAAGUUUGUAGAGGAAAGGGAGGUUGUGGUGCAUAAAAUAAAGGCAAAAGCCUAGAGAAUAAACGGUCUUGAGAGGGAUUUGACUGGACUGGAUCAGGAUUAACCUUUUCCAUACAGUGUAUGUCCCCCUCUUCCUUCUGUGGAUAUUCCAAGAUUUACCGAGAAAACACCAGCUCCCCUUGAGACUGUCUUGAAGGGCUUGAGAUUUCAGACCUUGUCCCUACCCCACUUCUUUUCAGGUUUGAGGAGAUGCUUUAUUUUGGCUAAUCCAUGGGCAUGUCGCAGUGGCUGUGCCGACAGUCAGGGCUGGCCACAGCAGCUUGGCCUGGACAGGGAGCCCAAAAGCAGGAAUUGCACUGGAGGAGAACAAAGAUUCGCGGGAAUGGUUGAGGAAGGGGGUAUGUGGAGUGAACAUCCUUCCUCUCUCUCCAGCAGGUUUAGGACCUAUUCUUUGAUGUAUUUUACUGGUCCAAAAAGCAGAGCAACCAUCCGUCCUGCUGAAUUCCUCCCACAUUCUUGUGCUGCAGCGUGACUGGUGCAAAUGCCAGCAGCUGGAAGACUGAAAUAGCAGCUACCAUUGCUUAGGCCCCACUGAUUUGUCCUGUGGCUUUUCUAUGCCCUUUAAUCUCCAGUAACUAAUCCCUCACUUCCUUGCGGUCUUUCUAAUUCUGUGCCCUGUGCUGGUGCUUCCUGUAAACAGCGGGUCUGGUGGCCCAUAAUUGAGGCUUUUGCUGGCUGCGCAAAGGGCAUGUGGCAGGGCUGUUCUUUAGGCUGGAUGUGGCCAUUUCAGAAGGCUGAAUAAUGGAAAUGAGGAGCCUGGUUCUCCUCUUCAUCCAGGCAGGAGAAGUCAGGACAAGCUGCGAUGAGGCCAGUGAAUAAUUCAGGUGUAAAACCAGGACAUAGAACGCCAGGUUCCAUCACCCUGACCCAAUACCUUAUGCUUUCCGGUCUCCAGAAACCAUGGAUAGGCCAGUGCUUGAAAGCACAAUUGGAGUGAAAUAAGGUCUCUGUGGCACACGCUUGCACUGGUACUUGCUCUUCUCUGCAAGAGUCUCAACUUGAGCAGAAGCCAUGAGCAGAUCUUCCUCAACCCUUAAUAACCACAUCUCUGGUCUAAAACUUUGAAUGGAGUCCUAAAAUUAAGGGCAGAGCUGAAGGCCUGUGCUGAUUGAAGGCUUCUCCUGGUGUUCUGCCCAGGGACCUGGUCCUUCGCACUCCUGUAGAUAUGAAGCCUCCAAAUGCUCCGGUGUGUGCUCUGACAGCAAGGGAGGUGCAGAAGACAUUUUCCGACCAAAACAUCUUCAACUGUUUUUUUGGCUUCAAGUUGUCGAAAGAUUUGGAGUAUUAGAUACCAAUCCUCAAGCCUGAAAGUUAAUUUUCUCCAAGUGAGUUCAUGUUAAAGUGAUGAUGGAUCAAACAGGUUUUCAGCUUUUCGUCUUAUCUGAAAUCUCCUCUGUCUGGGUUUCUGUUGCGUGAUUCCUUACAUGGAUCCCUCCACAGAUCUCUGAGCAUCCACCAAACCACACCAUUUCAAAGGUGUACAUUGCAAAGCAAAGCCUGCUUUCAGUUCUGAAGGCACAGCGUCAAGUCCUGGUGCUUCACAAAGAGCCAUGGCCAAGUGUGUACGGGGACAGUUGGCAGCAAAUACGUGGUAGAUUUGAGUUUUCCUGUGACGUGCCAAUGCCCUGGUCGUAUCUCUGUGUGGUGCCUGCAUCCCGGCUGCCUGAUGGGCUGAGACAUGAGCGAGGGGUCUCCUUCCCUAGCACUGGGGUUGAACAGAAGCAGGCAGGAGGGCUGGUGUGAGGAAGCAGGUGAGGAGCUGGGUUUCUGGCUGCCCACGCAGCUCCAGCCUGACAAAACAUUGGCAGGAGUGACCCCAGAGCAUCCUGCGGUGAUCAGAUGGAGGAGGCGGUUCCCUUAAUGCACGUUUUUCCAAACCACCUUUCCCUUGUGCUGCAUUAUCACAAGAUUGAGCUGUUCCUGAAACAUAGCCUGACAUGAAGUCAGACUAAAGCAAAGCUCCUGCAAGCCAUUAGGUGGUUGCCUGAGUCCUGCUGGAAGCAUCACAAGUGUAGAUGAAAUUGCUCUGCAUGUAUUUACGCCCGCUCUCCCUGGCCUCAGGUUGACAGUGUGCCUCCACAUCUCCAUUCUUUCCAACAACAGGGAUGCAAGCAAGCCUUGAGAGGGUCAGAAAAGCUUUGCCCAGCAGCAGCAGGAGUCUUUGAGACUCGAUGCCAAUAAUCCUCGUCUGCAGUUGGUCCCUUUGGCUCCAGUCACUGCUGAGUUUGCUGGUGGAUAAAACCACUGUGUUGGAUCAAAUCGAUACUGAAGGAGACUUCACAAAAGUUAAUAGCUAGUGGUCAAGAAGAGUUGCCAGACUCUUGCUUUCUCAGUAACUAAUAAAAGUGCUUUUUAACACAAUUAAUGUCACGUCUUUCUAAAGACUGAAGGAAAUUGGAAUUGAGACGUUUCUAUUUUGACAGACUCAGUGGAAAACUUCUGUUCAGACUGGUAGGAAUGAAACCAAUAAAUUUCUGUAGAAACUUUCUGAAUUCAGCCUUCAAGAUAAUAGAUAGGCUGUUCUGACUGUGGAUAAAUAAGCUCUGUUUUUAUAAGUGUUUAAAGACCUCCAGGAUGACGAAGUGGAACAUACUUCAAGUCUCCAAAGAUGGGAAGUGGCUUCUGAGUCAAAUGCCCUCCCAUGCCAGGGCUCGUAUUUUAGACUGAGAUCACUCUUCUUUGAUUUGUUGACAGCUUUUCUGUUGUGUUUUGAAGGAGGAAAAAAAAAAAGUGGGGGGGGGGGGGGAGGGGAGGAGAGAAACGUCCCAGGCUGAAAAUAGCAGUGAAACAUUCCCCAACUGGCAAACCUGCUCUUAAAGAAGGCUUCCCAGGGGACAUAAAGCUCCAGCUGCAGCCCAGAAAACUGGCUCAUCAAGCGAUGAGUGAGGUGGAAAACCCAGUCUUGGGUGACAGCAGACCUCCCUGAGCAUUGCUCAUUUCUGGAUGGUGGUGAAGCUGACACAGGGCACCUGAAGAGGGAAGGAAGGUGCCGUUCCCACCAGCAAUGCUUAGAAGGUGGCUUCUCGAGGUGGGAAGGGUGGAAGCAUCUUGCUGCCUUUUUGCCUCCCCAUAUUGUGAAGACCAACCCUACUUGCAGCCCCUGGCUGCUCUGGCCAUCCCCAAAGCAGGUGGUGGAAAGGCCGGAUCAGUGCCUUCUAGAAACAGUGUUCCCAUUUAUGCAAGCCUGGGGCCUAAUCCUGCAAAUAAAACCAAAAUAGUCAUAACCCACAGCAAUGGAUAGAGGGAUCACGGAGCAUUAGCAUUGCAGCUCUGCUUGCUUCCUCCUCCUCCAUCUCUGCCCACUGACGUGGUUCGUUAGAUGUGUUGGGCAGAGGCCAGCAGCGUGUGCUUUAUUUGAGCUGGGUGUAAAGUUCCCCUUCCUGGGGAAAUUCACAUAGAUAUUGUAGAGCACGGCUUGGUGGGCUCUGAAUGGACGCGGGUGCCUGUGGUGACACGUGGCCAGAGAACCACCGUGACCUGGGGGACGCAAGUGGGGUGGCUUUGGUAGGUGUCAGAGGUUGUGUGAGCAUGGCCCUGGCCAAGUGUGCCUGGUUUUGGUGCCUUGAGGUCGAACACCAGAGUGAUUGGCAAGGUGUUGAGGAGCCAAGAAGAGGCACCAGAGUAUUUCAUGGGCUGGCCCAAGGAGCUCAGUCUCUGCUUUCCCAAAGAGAAAGGGAAGUAAGAUUUGGUCAUGGCUUGUGAUGUACAAAAGUGAUGGAAAUGGGGGAGUAAUGGGAUUUUCAACUUAGUAGGCAAAGUCCUGCAAGAUGCCUGGAAGUGGAUACCAAAUGAAUCCAGCCUGUGAACAAAAAGCUCUAUUAUUUGGAAGUCAUUAAUCAGGGAAGUAACUCAGCAAGGCUUGUGCAGAUCCUCCACUGCUGAGAAUGCUUUGAUCAAGACUCAUUGUUGUUUCCUUUCCCCCAAAGCAGAUGCUGUAAGGCAGGGUUGUGCUUGCCGCAGAGCCGAGGGGGAGCAGCAAAGGCUCUGGAGGAGGCUUUGACUCGUGUUCUAAAGAUGGCCCAGGAGAGGAAAGGCACAGCAGCAUCCAUGUCACUCGGUGUGUGAGCUGCCCUGCACCUCCUCUGCUGCUUCAGAAGCACCUCCUGGUCUCUGGUCGCUACUGCUCAGGAGUGGGGGGGGGGGGGGGGGCUCUUUUUGAGCAGGGGAAAAAAUAUCUGCAAGUAGCAGGAUCGCACUGAUGCUGGCUGUAGGAAGCACGUGUUCCUGCUGCCAGAGACACCACAGUUGCUACAGCAACUGCAAAGCACAGAGAUGAGCAUCCUCCCUCUGCCAGCAUCCAUCCCCCAAAAUAAGGCAGAGCAAGGAAGGUGCUGGGGUGUGAGAGGCAAGGGCCCACGGCUGCGCUGCACCAGUGCUCUGCUCCCAUCCCACCGCAGAUGCUACCCGUGCACACUCCAUGCCCCUCGGUCCUGCUGAGCCUUCGGUUUCCAGGUCCAUUCCCAGGUUUCCAUUUCUUUCCCUACAUCUGCAACCUACCCAGGCACCAGAGCAGCCCAGCCUGCCUUUUCCUCUCCCCACAGGGGUCCGCUGGGUCGGAUGCUCAGCCCCCGGGGCUGUCAGGAUGAGAAUGUGAUGCUGGGGAUGCUGCAGGGAGCAGCGCAGCUGGUGGGGGAAUGGGAGGCUCACACUGAGCUGUGUUUUGCAAGCGCCUGCCAUCUCAUCGCCGGUUAAAUCGGGCUCUCCGUGGCUCCCAGCACUGCGCCAUCCUGCUGCGGCAAAAGUGCCUGGCUUCCCCUGGUGCUGCUUGCAUAAGUAUUUAAUGUCAGGAGGAAGAACUGCUUUGAGAAAUGCUUCGGUGCUUGCAUCCAAACAGAAGGUUGUUUCAGGUGGCCAGACCAGGCAGGCAGGCGUGAGCGCGCACACAAAAAAAAAACUUUAGCUGUAUUUUUUUCAGAAUUGUUCCUCUGUUGAAAAGGUAGAGGCAUCAUGAUGAAGCAUGAUGGGUUAGGAGGGAAGUAAGGAGGUUUUGGGUGCCUGGAGGGAGGAGGGGCGGCUGGGUUCUGUCCCACAUACUCUUCCCCACCUCCAUGCAACUGUCACCUGCUCUCUUACAGUAAAAUGCUUUAAAGAGGUGCCAGGUUUGGAGCUUUAGUGGAAAAUACCUGAAGACUGCCUGUCCCCAGACCUCAGCUGGGCACUCUGUCCUACCCCCAGCCCUGGAUGCAUCAGGUGUGUUCUGCAAAUGGAAAUUCAAAGGCAUCCACCUGCCAGAGGCUUCCCGGAGAUCUAUUGCGGUUCCUCACAAAGCGGUUUGAAAAGCCUGGAUAAAAUUGCAGUGGGAGCAAAUGUGUUAGUCGCAGCCAAAGCAUGCAUCAGGCCAUCCUUAACACUGUUGGCAGCUUGAGAUGGGGCUGACCCAGAAGGGGAGGGUUGGUCCCCCUCCCAGGGCUCCCAGCUCAGGUGCUCUGGUGGGUGGAGCGAGCCCACAUCCUCGCAGGUGUCCCACUGUCACUGUGGGGCAGCAGCUGUCCUGUUGAAACUGGGGGCUUUACGCACCCUUUCCAGAAGGCGUUGGGCACAAGUGCUAUUUAGUCAUUACUGAUGCUGACACCAAGCACAGCACCACUGUGGUCCGCAUGGGGCUGGGGGUACAAAGAAACAGAUUCAAAACCAUUCAAAGUGUCAUGAAAAUGUAGGUUUUAGCAGUGGGAAUGCUGAAUUCUGCAACAAGUGUUUGCAAACCCCAGCCCCUUCCCAUACAGCCGUAGUGCAAUUAAGUUUUCAGAUUAAUUAUGUGCAAAGGAGGGUGUCAGUCACUCCUCAGCGCUGACUUGGUACAAGGGCAGUGCUAUUGGUCUGUUCAAUAAUUUAUGUGCUUAAUAUCAGAGGGCAGCACUGGGGGGAAGGUCCUGUUGCUGCAGGCCAGGAGAUUAAGCAUCCUUCCAACAGAGACGGUCUGAUUGCAGUGAGCCCUUACGGCAUUCACGAAGCACACUGAGAUGCAUUGGUUUUGAUGGGGAUGUGAUCUCUUAAUUACCACACCCUGCUGAAGAGAUCCCAGUACAAAACCUCCGUUUACACUCAAGCAGCAGAUGCUGCACCUGAAAAUCAAGCAGCUGAUGCAUCUAAAGGCAGGAAAAGAAACGACACAAGGGAUGCUUGGUGCUGCAGAGGUGAGGAUUGCCUUGCUGCUGAACAAAACGUGCACGUAUCUCUGCUCAGCAUCCCAGAAAAGCCAAGAUGGAACUGGAGCAAUCCAGCCAAAGGACAGCAGGGAGGUGUAGGGAGUGCUGAUUUGCAGAAAUCAGGACCUGAGUUCCCAUCCUAUUGGUUUCUGUGCAUCAGAUAGCCAAGAUAUGGACAGUAUUGGCUGUUCCCUACAAAAAAAAAAAAUAUUAAACUUGAGCAAGGAAAUGCUUUUGCUGCUAGAAACUGGGAAAGUACCAAAGGAGAGGCUUCUUUUGACUCUUUUCCUAAAUACUUGCUCCCGGCAGGAUCAAAGGUGGCAUCCAAGGGCAGCCAGGUCAUCACCUUGCCCAGGCAGCUGUUUUCAAAGAGCUUUUAAAGAGCUGUGCAGCUGUAAAUCCUGCAAGGGAUGGCCCAAGGGGUGAUCUGAAGCUGGCUGCAGGUCACCUGCCUGCCUUCAUAUCAUCUGUGUUUAUGGAGAAAAUGCUCAAAGCCACCAGCCAGGGAUGACGGUCAUCCCAACCCCUUCCUGUGGCGGUCGCCUUCUCGGGGCACAAGAGAACAACCAAAACUUGGAAUGAAAAGAACGCCCCGUGUCAUCUGCCCAUCUCCAGCAGUGCUGGUGAAAGGGUUGAAAAAACGGCCUGGAGAAAGUCCAGGAAAGUGCCAAGCCCACAUCCUAGAGCCCCUUUCGCCAUCCCACUACAUUCGUUCUGCAGAAAAGAAGGGAUGUGCUGCACUCACUGCAUGUCAGCGUCACUUGAUCUUUAUUUUAAUGGACAUUUCAUCUAUUUCAGAGCUGUGCACAGCCCCAGUGAAGUCCAGGACAGAAGGCAGACACCUGUAGGGCUGUGCUUACCUGAACAUCUUAAUUUUAUGUAUUUUUAUGGCACGGAGUCACUGUCCUUGCCUGGCAUGACCCUGGGAAAGUGCUCUGCAGUGGCUUCUCCCAGGGAAGCAGAGUAGUGGCUUUGGUAAAGCACUGGUGUUUCAGAGCAGCAGCCCCAGAUGUGAUUGCGGUCCCUCUGCCUUUAGCAUGCCCGCUGUGGGUAGGGAACAGCAGAGAAGGGCAUGGGCCGUGCUCAGAGCCGGGUUUGCAGGAUGAUGCUGGACACAGCGCAGUACUGGAAGAGUUACAGGUGUGAAUUAACCCUCUCGGCAGCUUUGCUUCCCUUGGUCUGCACACUGUACAGCCCCGUUGUACAGAAUACCAAGCCCUUCAGCUUGAUUUUAGCAGCCCCGGCAUUGUGUUUUUGCCUCAAGUGAAGGCUCCUCAAGUGAUUUAAGUCCUCCCUGUCACUGGUGAUAAAAAGCUGUAGGGUUAAGAGAGAUCUUCCUCUUUUUUUUUUUCUUUUUUUUUUUUUAAAUCCUCCUGCUUAGUUUGCAGCUGGAAAAGAAGGGGUGUUUUCGAGCUACUAACAACUUGGUAAAAUGGGCUAAUAAAAAAAUGGGCUGAGAGUACAGCGUGCUUUAUCGGAGCUGAUGCCUGACCUCACGCUGCUACAGAAGUAGCUCAGCGGCACACACAAGCACCUCUUGCUGCAUCGGCUUUUGUUUCCACAUGCUCAGCAGCAGCAGUGAGCAGAAGUGCCAAAGUGAGCUGGGACAACUUAGAUAUUUAACAUGUAAGCAGGAACAGCGAUAUCCCAGCCCAGACACAUCCUUUGAACCUCCUGUGCUGCGGCCAGACAGCCAUCCCACAGGUGACGGGCUGUGCUGCCUGCAGUGAAACCCCCUGGCACAUGCACCAGCGAAGGGGUUGCAGCCUGGAGGAGAUGUGACUGGUUAUAUUUCUAUGUGAAAAUACAUUUCUAUCCAUGCAGGGCUCAGGACGUGCAGCCCUCUUUAUUUGCUUUAUUGUUUGAUGCCUCCUGUCUCAAAGAGGGGCAGCAGGGGCUAGAAGUGGGGCUGGGGGUCCCAUCCUGCCCCUGCCUUCAAGCAGCACCCUGCCUGGCUUUGAAGGGUUUUCAAAAAAAAAAAAAAAAAAAAAACAAAAAACAACAACAACAAAAAAAACAACCUCCAAUCCAGCAGUUAAAUCAGUGUCUCAGCCCUGCUCAGAGGAUGUGCAGGAUCAGGCCUUGCUUAUCUCCUUCCCCCUCCCCAGUCCUGCCUUCACGCUAACCUACUUUCUUGCUUUGUGGAAAGAACAUCUUGGAUUAUGGUGCUGCAAAUGAAAGGAUUCAGUCAUUGCAUCAGGCGAGUCGCAGGUAAGCACAGGGUUUAAUGUCAACUUGUUGGCAGCUUCUUUAUUCCUUUUUUUUUUUUUUUUAUUCCUCCUUUGCAGAAACAAGCCGUCUUUGUGUGGAAGUUCAUUUUCCUUUUUAGCCAGGGCAUUUCUCAACGUGGCUUUCCAAUAAUCCUUGUGGUGCAGAUAAAGCAGAGCCAAAGCAGAUCUCUUUCACUGUUCCUGCAGAGUGCCCCAAUCCCAUCCAGAACUGGGGUGCAGCUCACGGGAGGGCUGUCCCCUCUGUCCCAGCCCCUGCCUCCAGGCGGAAGGACAGAAGUUGUGCCCAGGUGGUGGAGCUGAAAUCCUGAGAUGAAACGCAAUCUUGCUGUAACUCCUUCCAGUGUUGGGCUUUGUUUGCAUUAAGGUGCAGGCAUCAACACCCUAGACCCCUAGGGUUAAUAAUAAGGGGAGAAAUGAAUACAGACAUGAGCUCAGCAUCUCUUUAUGUCAGCCGGUUCCUCCCAGCCACCUCCACCUGCCUCCCCGGAGCAGCCACCAACCUGCUUCCAGCGUGGCACAGCAUCUUGGUGGCGCUGUUCAUCUCCUGACAGCUUUCCAGCCCCAGCUUCCAGCCCCGGCAGCACCUCCACCCUCGCAGACUGCCCUCUCCACUUCGCAGGAACUGCAGGCUCCGUUUUUGCAAUCGCAGUGCUCGUCCGGUCUUUGUGGGGUCAUCCAGCCACAUCUGCAGUGGGAUGGGGCUGGCACAGAGGAAGAUCUGCUUUUAAAUCGCUAAGCUCCCCCCAAAUCCAGCAUCAUCAUUCAAAUGCCAAAAAAUAUACAAUAUAAAAUAAAAAAAUAAGAGACUACCAUACAGUCAUCAGUCCUUUAUUGCCAUGUCGAUAUAGUUCAGAUGCAAGUCCUGCAAAUGGAGAAGACCUAAUUUAUGUGCACCUUUGGGUUAACUGAAGUUCAGGGCGUUCUCCAGGCAGGUUGGUGAAGGUCCAUGUAAAGUAACUUCCCUCCCCAGCUGGCCAACAUGAACGUCCCAGUGCCUCCAACACCAGCACACGAGGAUGCGGCAUCCUGUGCAUGGGCUGGCCUUGCUGCCAGGCGCUGAAGCAGCUCCUGCACUGGCUCCAUCAGGCUCCCUGGGCUUCACAGCACCGUGCCAAAAAUCCCUCCCCAUCCCCACCAUAUCCAAGAGAAGAGGGGAAGCCUUCCUUCUUCCACCAAGAAGGAAUUUAUCUGCACCAGGGGAUGCUCCUUCUGUGACGAACACAAGGAACCAAGUUCUUCUCCAAGGAAACAUGGUUCUCCCCAGCCCUGCAUGAGGUCUCCAGCAAUGAGCCCAGCCAGAAGAAGUAUCCAGGGUGUAGGCAAGAGGAAACGCAAUGCUACUCCUUCUGGCAGCUUGGCUGGCUCCUGGUGUGUCUCAGGCUGAGUGACCAUGACGUGGGCCGCCAGCAUGGACUGUCCUCCCAAGGAAGGUGCGGAGGUGGAAGGAUGGAAAAGGGUUGUGAGCAGUGGCAGCUCUGGGGGGAGCAGAGGAGGUGGCAGGCCCGGUGGGAAGCUCGUUUUGGAUCAUGCUUACCCGUGACCGUCUUCCUCAUCCAAAGCAAAUGCAAUGAAAAUAUUGCUGGGGGGGGGGGGGGGUUUAGCAGAAUAAAAUAAAUGCAGUUCCCAGCCUCUCCCAGUGCCCCUCUUCUCCUAACUGAGCCAACCCCGUGGAGCACACAAGCCUGGGCUGUUCCCAUGUCCCUGCCAUCAGCACUUGCAGGGCAGCACCACUAGCUCCCAACCCCCUUAGGGACACUUCUACUCCAGAAAUCCCCCCUUCUCGUGAAACCCCAGCCUGAUGAUUGCCACCAGUUGUCACCAUUUUGUCUCAUCUUUUUAGGAGCAGCUCCCCCAGGCACUGGGGAUGCUGGGGACGUCGUGUUUGCUGGCCCAAUGAGGGUCAGGUUUGAGGAGAGCCAGACUGCAGGCUGGCUGGCAUUUUCAACAAGCAAAAUAAUUUUUUACGACCUCCUUCAUGUCUUUAAGAAAAUUAUAAUGGAUGUCAGAGCAAAAAAGCCACAGUCGGGUAGGAUUGGGAAGUUUCUGCAUGUCCUGCUGUUAUUUGCUGGAGAUGUUCCUUCUCCCUGAGUGGGAUCGGUGCUCCCUCUUUGAGCCCAAAGUGGCAUCUGUUAGGCUCAGGCUCCCUCUAGUGCCUCUAUGUCCUGGUGUCCCCGCUUCUCCAGGUGGCUUCUCCAGGGCCUUUUGCCCCUGGGGACCGUCCUUCGUCCCUACUCCCCUCCAGCAUUGCUGGUGUGGGCUUACACCACAGCCAAGCACCGUUUGCCUUCUCCCCCUUCCCAGUAGCUCAGCAGUUUUUAGGAAGGCUCCAAAGCCCAUGUCAAGCAAAGUCCUCUGGGCUCCUUCCAGCCAGCACCUGACCAGAACGUGGAUGUGUUGGCACUAAGGGCACCCCAUGUUCUGCCUGCCUUUCACCAUGGGCUGGGGCAGAACCAGGAAAUGCUGGGAGAAGUUUCUCCCAUGCCCAUCUUCCAUAAAUAUCAGGACACCACCAAAAUGCCAUGUCAGACGUCAACAAAGUCCUGCCCACCUCUCUUUUCAGGUGGUUUCUCAGAAAGCAGCAAUGCUUUUCUGAUCUAUACCCAUGGGCAUCAGCGCAAAAGCCACAUCAAACCCAACAGGGAUGAAUUGUGUAAUGUGAGGGCAUCAACGGAGAGGACACUGUUGUCAGAGACACUUUGAGAUUUUUGUUUUAACUUACGAUUUUUAUUUUUUUUUUUCAGAAUUAUUUUGCAGCAGUAAUAAUUACCACCUUUUUUAAUGAGUGCAGCUCUUGUAAUGGAUGACACGCAGGAUAACAUGCACUAAUUAUGUCUCUAAUCUCUAAAAGCAUGGUUGAAGAUUUCAAACCAGCUGAUCGGUCUUGGUGAGGCUGUAAUUGGAGACACAGCAGCUCAUUAGAGCUUGGGAGAGACUCAAGGGGUCACAACCGCCCAACAGUGCAUGAUGGGCUUGAUCCUGCCCUGGAUCAUCCUUUCCUUUUUGGUAUUCUGCCCUGGGUCAUCUUUUCUUUUUUGGUAUUCUGCAUUUGCUUACAGUGUGUUAUAAACAACCCUGAAGGUACCAUGCUCAAACCCAUAAAGGGACUGCAGCGCCACAGUUUUAUUUUACUUGAAAGAGGAUUGCUGAGACUGUAAAAUAAAAACUUCUGUUUCUUCCUGGUAAGGAAAGCUCAGAAAUGAGUGAAAAAGGUCAAGAGUUUUCUUAAUCCAGUGGCCACGGUAAGGGCAGGGUGCCUGCUUCUGCCUUCUGCAACGCAGUGGGGGCAAAUGUUUUUCUAGGAUUCGCUUUUGUCAGCCGCCAAGCUCCUCUUGUUGGGUUGUGAGGGGAAGUUUGCACAUGGAGAAGGAUUUGGGGAGCAGCUUGCCCGAGCUGUCCAGCUGCACCGUGCCUGCAGCAGUGCUGUUUCCAUCUAUUUGUACACCGUGUGCCCGCAGCAGCUGCCCGGAGGGAACUAACACAGCUAAAAACAUGCAACUUAGAUUUCGCUGGAAAUAAGUACUGAAAUUAAAUUGUGUUAGCUUCCUUUUUCCUGACUGGUUUCAUUUCAGCCUGGCCACUUUCCGCAUCUGUCACGGGUAACUUAUUUUUCCCCUGUUUUUAUGACAGGACGAGGCGACGAGCUGGAGGGAUGGCAGGGCGGCCAGGGGCUGUUUUCUUCCUUCCACCCCGGCUAUCUGAAGCAAUUUCAGCGGGGAACGUCUUGUCGGGGGCCAUGUUGCGGGGGGGGCACCGUGCUGCUCCGCAGGGGCCGGGGCCGGGGGCGGCUUUAGGGCGGAACCAAGCUGCGGGCGGUGCGUGUUGCGCACCGGAGCGUGUCGUGGUUCCGGUGCGGGCGGCCGCCAUUUCCCAGCAGCCCCGGCGCCGGGCCUUUCUCUUCCGGUGCGGCGGUAGCGGCUGCGUUUGGGUGAGUGUCGCGAUCGGUCGCGAUCCGCCUCCAUCCGCCUCCAUCCGCGGCCCGCGAUCGGCGCGGCGGGCUGGGAGGGGAGGCGGGGAGCCGCGCGAGCCGAUCCGAGCCCCGUGUCCGUGUCCGUGUCCCGCAGGUGCAGCCAUGGCCAAGUCCAAGAACCACACCACGCACAACCAGUCCCGCAAGUGGCACAGGAAUGGCAUCAAGAAACCCAGGUCCCAUAGAUACGAGUCUCUCAAAGGGGUUGAUCCCAAGUUUCUGAGGAACAUGAGAUUCGCAAAGAAGCACAACAAGAAGGGGCUGAAGAAGAUGCAGGCCAACAAUGCCAAGCAGGCAGCUCUCCAGAAAAAGGACUGACGUGGUUUAAGACAAAGAACCAGUUUUCCUGUUGUCAUGUGUUAAAACAUUUUGUACAAAUAAAAUUGGACAUAAC